GUCAAGAGCAGCAAGCGCUCCUGACUGCUGGGCCUUCUCUCCAGUCCCCAUCUAAAACCCACCCUUGUAUAAUAUUAUUUAGUCAUUUACACUUGAAAAUGUUCCUGCCUCAGACCCUCAAACAGAAAGCUGUUGUACUAAAAGAAGUACUUAACUGCUUCAAAACAGACCUGGAAAGUGUGAGAGUAGAUCUAUGCAUUUGUCAGUAAUGACAGGUCUCAGCUGGCCUCCAAAUCCUCCAUAGUAGAUGACCUUUGACCUUCGUGCCAUCACCCUACUCCCCUGCCGUCCUAGGAUUACAGGUGCCACCACCAUCUCUGCUCGGGUACUGGAACAGUACCUCCUGCAUGCUAGAGAACCACUCCACCAUUGAGCCACACCCCCCAGUCUUUACAAGAUGAAUUUUAUUAAGCCACCAAAUGUGUUGGAUUGUUACAGCAGCCCCACUGACCAAUACACACUACUCUCAAUUUUCCUAUUAGGAAAGCCAGCCUGACUGGAGCCCACUACAAGAGGAAUUCUAGGCCUGAGCAAACAAGCAGGCAAACAAAAGACUGCAGCCUACUCUCCUGUCGGGUUUCUUUGAUGCUUACCCUGGUUAUUGUCUUGAGGCCUUUACUGCUUAAACCACAUAUGCUUAAACUGCAGCAGUUCUUCUCCUAUGCCCCGUGUUCAGUCGUUCUCCCCUGAGGAUAGAGUUGAUCUCUUCGGGGAAAGGCUGUGGCUAAGCUUGCUUGCCCCCAAGUGGCGCCCUGUCCCUGCACAUGGCUCUUUCGAAGCCCUUUUCAUGAGAUCUUUUCUGGGCCUGUUUGGGAGAGGCGUGUCUUCCUACGGAGCACCUAGCUGGCCCGCAGCGGUGGGGUUUCCGAUCUAUUCCCUAGAGGCCCGGUGCAGUGGCCAGGUUUGUGCUCGCGCGGCCGCGCAGGCCCCGCGCCCCCCGCCCGCGUCUGCGGCUGCGCGGCCGGCCCGGGAGGGGGCGCGGCGGGCGGCUGGGAGCGGGGCCGCGAGCGGCAUGUCUCGCUACACCAGGCCCCCCAACACCUCCCUGUUCGUCAGGAACGUCGCAGACGCCACCAGGCCCGAGGACUUACGCCGUGAGUUUGGCCGAUACGGCCCCAUAGUAGACGUUUAUAUCCCGCUGGACUUCUACAGUCGCCGCCCCAGAGGAUUCGCUUAUGUUCAGUUUGAAGAUGUUCGUGAUGCCGAAGAUGCACUUUACAACCUCAACAGGAAGUGGGUAUGUGGCCGGCAAAUUGAGAUACAGUUUGCGCAAGGUGACCGCAAAACACCAGGUCAAAUGAAGUCAAAAGAGCGUCACCUGUGCUCCCCGAGUGACCACAGGAGAUCCAGAAGCCCCAGCCAGAGGAGAUCUCGAAGCCGGAGUUCCUCAUGGGGAAGAGACCGGAGGCGCUCCGAUAGCCUGAAAGAGCAGUCUACCUCAGCGAGGCAGUCAAGAACACCACGAAGGAAUUCUGGAUCUAGAGGACGAUCAAGAUCCAAGUCGCUACCGAAAAGGUCCAAAUCGAUGGAAAAGUCACAGUCACGCUCGCCUCAAAAGCAGACUGUCUCGGGAGCAAAACCCAGAUCGCACGGACGGCACUGUGACUCCAUAGCAAGAUCCCCAUGCAAGUCUCCCAGAGGGUACGCCAGUUCGGGGUCGAAGACACAGACAACGAAACAUUCUCACUUCCGGUCACACUCCAGAUCCCGGAGCUACCAUCAUAAAAACAGUUGGUGAACAGCAACUUCCAGCAGAGCCACAGAGCCCUGCUCCAAGUCGUCACGGCUCAUCGUGCUUAAAACUCUUCAAGGCUUGUAGAAAUGCGAACCGGUGUUAGUUACUUCCGGCAUGUGCAAGGAAUAAAAUUGCCCUAGCUUUGGUUAAUAAAUGUUUUAUCUCGAUUUAAGGGCUCAUCCACAACUCACUCACUGUGUGCAAUGUCGCCUUUGCAUAGCCUGUACCUGGUUCACGCGGUAGCGAGGGGUACUUUCCGAAAGAUGUUGGUAAAACGGAACCAAUGCAAAAAUUCUACUUAGGUAUUAAAUACUGUCGACAAUAUCCUUUACAAGAAUAUUUUUAUCCUAAAGCACUUUUCACAUAAAAAGUAAUCGUGACUCUGUAAUUGAAUAGGCCAGACUUAAGCUGUUUUGACAUCGGUGUCUUUCUUGUGACUUCUGUUUAAGCCUGAGCCAAUUCCUGGUUGAUACUUGUUCAAAUUACAGCAGUCUGAAAUCUCAAAAGGUAAAACUUAUGAAGAUUCCACAGCCGUUCAAAAGAUAGCUAAAAGACGCUUAAAAGAUAACUCAAAGAAUGUUCCAUUGUUUUUGAAUACAACAGCACAGACCAGUUGACUUGAGAUUGUUAUCCAUAUUUGUUUAAUCGGCUUACACAAAGCCAGGUGUUGUGGUAAAUGCCUGUGAUCCCAGCCCUUGGGAAGGGGUAAAACCAGCAUGGACCGGGCUACAUGAGACCCUGUCUAAGGAAAAUAAAUAAAUACUUUUUGUUUUUUGUUUUUUUAAAAAAGAGAAGUAAAACCAUUUUAGAAGUUCUAGAUUUUGAAUGGCUUGAGAGUACUCUAAAAAUUAUGGUGUGGAACACUCAGAAUCCACAAAAACUCAUGUUAAGCCUUACAUAUUUGAAGUAUAGUACAUUUUGUAUAAAUCCAUAUUUAUACCAUUAUUUCUAUAUAGCUAUUUUCAUCUGCAUUUUUCUUUUUAGAGCUCUAGUUCAGUAUCCUAAUUAUAUAAAAAUCUGUUAAAAAUUAAACGCAGUACAUUAUAUUAAGAAGUACUAGCUACUGAGAUGGCUUGGUGGGGACAGCCACCCUCUCACCAUCCAAACCUGGCAACCUGAUAGCUAGCUGGGCACCUUGAGUGCAAACUCAUGGAAGCCUCAAGGGUGACUCCUGCAGACUCUCUCUGACUUCCACACUUGUACUAUGGUAUGUGUGCACAUGCAGACACACACACACACACACACACACACACACACACACACAAACACACGAAAGAGAGAGGGGAAAGGAGAGAAAAGGAAGGAAAGAAUGGGAAGGAAAGAAAGAAAAAGAAAGAAAGAAAGAAAAGGUCUCUAUUAAACAGCUUUAAGGUAUUUGACUUUUACUCUACAUUUUUUAAACCAAAUAACUUUGUUGACAAUUGUUGCUUUUGUAUUGUUGUAACUUAGAAUUUCUUUCACAAUGUGUUUGAGGUUUACAUUCAGAGAGUUUUAGUAGAUCUGUGAUCAAAAAUGGUUUGCAUAUACUUGUCAAAGAGAUAUGUUUACAGAUUUACUCUGUUAGAUCUCAUUACUGAAACACACUCGGUCCUUACAGCUAAUAUUUAUGCCUGGAAUACCUAAGAAACUUGUCUUACAUUUUCAGUAUUUGGAGCCAUGUCGCUUCUAUUAAUUUCAAAUAUAAAGUUCCAUUUUCCUUUGCAUUUUAAAUCCUCUAUGUGAGAAACAACUUUACAAAAUAAUUUGUACAUUGGUGAUCUUUGGAGAAGUACCACAAAUUGAUGUAUAUUAUACUCCCUGAAUAUAUUUUCUCUAUUUAACCAUAGCAAAAGUUAUUUAUUUCGAAAGUUCACUCUGGUGUUCCUCUGUAAUAAAGCAAUUAUAACGGAGA